ACCACAUCGUCCUUGCCGACCUUUACCUUUGCGCCUGCUUCCUGCGACCAGCCGCAUUCCACUCGCUACAACACCACCGCUCACCUGGACGCCAUCGCUUGCGCCUGCGCUGCACGACACACCCCACGCUCAUCGACGGGUCCGCCAGCCCACGAAAUGGCAACCAUGGACGCGAAGCAGCUUUACGAUACCGGCAAGCAGAUCUCUAAAGCAAUCGAGUCUGGCGAUACGUCAGCGACCAUUCUUCAGCUUCUCGCGCCGCUUGAGCAGUUCAAAGCGACCGAAGAUCUGCUGCGACAGUCGAAGAUCGGUGUCGCCGUCACGAAGCUCCGUCAGAACAAGGAUCCGAAAGUCGCCUCGACAGCCACGAGCCUAGUAAACCGGUGGAAGCAAGAGGUCAACGCAAAAAAGAAGCGGCCGGAUGGCACGGCGAGCCCCGCGCCUGCCGGCAAAGGUCUCAACGCUACGAACGGUCGUAGCAGUGGCACAAACUCUCCGGCACCACCGUCGAAGCCUGAGAUCAAGAAGGAACAGCGUGCAAACAAGGUGGAUCCGGAGAAACGCAACACCAAGACUGAUGGCAUCGAGCACGAGGUCACUGGCGAUCGAGCACGUGACGGAUGUCUGAAGCUGAUGUACGAUGGGAUCGCUUACAUGUCCGAUAAAUCGCCAGACGCCAUCUUCGACGUCGCACGAAAGGUCGAGGUGGCUGCGUUCGAACACUUCAAGCACCAGACGAGCCCGGAAUACAAGGCCAAGAUGCGCAGCCUAUACCAGAAUUUGAAGAUGAAAGGCAACGCUCGUCUCCGCAAAGAUGUCUACUCCAUGGAGAUCAUGCCCAAGCGUUUUGUCGCGAUGACUUCGGAUGAGCUGAAGUCGGAAGAGAUGCGGAAGGAAGACGCCGUCAUUGAAAGGGAGAACAUGAACAAGGCCAUGACCGCGCAGGAAGAGAAAGCCAUUUCUACGACAUUUGUGUGCGGCAAGUGCAAACAAGCCAAGGUCGCAUACAGCCAGGCUCAGACCCGCUCCGCUGAUGAGCCUCUCACUACCUUCUGUGAGUGCACGGUCUGCGGGAAUCGUUGGAAAUUUUCUUAAUUUAGGCCGAGUCAAUUCGAAUGGAGAACCAAGGCUCCACCCUUGACCUUACUCCUACCUUGCCGGCCUGGUAGUGCGGUCCAUCAGUAUCUUUGGCGUUUGGAAGACUCUACUAGAGAGAGAGAAAGAGGCAUGUGCUCAGUUAGCAGUAUCACAUGCAAAAUGUUACGAGUCAUGAAGCUUCGGUUCACAUGUUGUAUUCACAAGCAAAAUAUAGCGCUAGCGCGCGGAGCGCACGGACUUUGUUCGCUCUGCUGCGUGCGCCACCUUGAAAACCUUC